GUUCAUCAGAUUGGCUCAAGUGGCACAGAUCCUCAACACCCAGAGACGCGGGCAAUUCUCUUUGAUGAAGUUGUUUAUUCCCGUCGCAAGAUCGCUGACUUCCUCGCUACCCUUGCCGCCUUAGAGACCAUCACUCGUCUUCUUCCGAGAGGUGCUCUAUCAGACGCAAUUCGCUCUGGGCUUUCCACCAACCAAAAGCGAGAGGUUUGCUUAUCGACAAAAGUUCCUUCAUUUGGUGGUAAUGACGUUGAUACUCCAGCCACGUCUUCUCUGCUCCUGGGUUUGCUGAAUUUUGCUCCUGAGGAAGCUGGUGAUAUGUCUGGUGAAGAAAUUCAGUCUGCUUCUCAGAUUAAGGGAAGGUUUCCCCGCUUGGACAAUAAAUUAGCCUAUUUUACAAAGGCUUUUGAUCAUGAAACGGCAAAGCAGCAAGGGAAAAUAAUUCCUGAGUCAGGUGUAGACGCAGAUUACGAUGAAGCCAUAGAGGAGGUCGAACUUUCCUAUUGGGGAACUGGACGCAACCGAUUCCAAAUCGAGGUUCCAGAGUCCGCCGUAUCACAAGUUUCUCGCAGUUGGGAACUGGCUUCACAACGUAAGGGCUUCCAACGAUUUCGAACCGCCGAGACACGCGACUGGCUGACCCAAAUGACCGCUGCUGAAGACCGCAAGGACGCAGCCCUACGUAACAUUAUGCGUAGGAUAUUUGGCAAAUUCAGCAAGGAGUAA